AUACCUUUAAUGUCUCAAAGCCAUAUAAUACCAUUAGUAGACUUUGCAAAAUUACUAGCACUUCAUAGAGUCAAUGUCUCAAUUAUCACAACACCUAUCAAUGCCAAAAGGUACAAAUCAAUAGUCACACAUGCUAUAAAAUCCAAUCUAAAAAUCAAACUAAUUCCUCUUCAUUUUCCAAGCCAAGAAGUUGGAUUACCUCAAGGAUGUGAAAAUUUGGACACACUCAAAUCACUAGAGUUGUUUAAAGAUUUCUUUUUGGCUAGUGAAAUGAUGCAAGAACCACUAGAGAAAUUAAUUCAAGAUUUGGAACCAAAGCCAAGUUGUAUCAUUUCAACUAGUCCUCUUAUUUGGACUCAACAAGUUGCUAAUAAAUUUAAGAUUCCAAGGUAUAUAUUCCAAACUAUUUCUUGUUUUACCCUCUAUUGUUCUCACAUGCUAAAUGAAACAAAAAUACAUGAUAAGGAUUCAUUCUUGAUUCCUAAUAUUCCACACAAGAUUGAGUUUACAAAAGGUCAAACAUUGAAUGGCAAUAUAACAAAGCAAUCUCAAGAUAUGCAAAGUAUUAUAGACCAAAUUAAACAAUCUCAAGACUUGGCUAGAGGUACUUUGAUUAAUACUUUUGAGGAAUUGGAGCCUUGGUAUGUUGAUUCAUAUAAGAAAGUUGUGAACAAUGUAUUUUGUGUUGGUCCAGUAUCAUUAUGUAACAAAGAAAUUGAUGAAAUGGUUAUUAGAGGCAACAAGGCUUCAAUUGAUGAGCAUAUUUGUUUGAAGUGGCUUGAUUCUAUGAAGCCAAAAUCAGUCAUGUAUGCUUGUUUUGGUAGCCUUUGUAACAUUUCAUUCUUGCAAAUGAAGGAAAUUGGAUUAGGGUUAGAGUCAUCAAAUGUACCUUUUAUUUGGAUAAUUAGAGGGCUAAAUUUUACAUUAGAAGUCGAAAAAUGGCUAAUGGAUGAAAAUUUCGAAGAGAAGGUUAAAGGAAGAGGGAUGAUUAUCCGAGGUUGGGCCCCACAAGUUCUAAUAUUAACUCAUCCAUCAAUCGGAGGAUUUCUGACACACUGUGGAUGGAAUUCAACUUUAGAAGGAAUUUCAUGUGGCGUACCAAUGAUUACUUUUCCUAUGUUUGCCGAACAAUUUUACAAUGAGAAAUUCAUCGUAAAUAUUUUGAAGAUUGGGGUUCGAGUUGGAGUUGAAGUGAGUAUUAACUCUUGGAAUGAAGAGAAGAAUGGAGUGUUAGUUAACAAGGAUCAAGUCAAAAGUGCAAUAAAUCAAUUAAUGGAUAAAGGAUUAGAGGGUGAAGAAAGAAGAAAAAGAGCAAAGUAG